CCAGAUCGCAAAGCCCGCCGUCGUCUUCAAGCUCUUCUCCAAAACCCUAGACCUUCAGUAUUCUCCAUCUUUCUCUCUCUGCUAAUCAUUCUUGAGCUAUGGCGUUUCUCUAUCGCCUCCGUCACGCUUUCCCGUCGAACGCGACUUACAUCAAUUAUCGUCUUCACUACCGUUCUCUCUCGACAAUCCUUUCCCCGGAUUCCACCAAUCCUUUGUCCGCGAAACAGAAAUCGAGGGCCGCACUGUCUCUACUGAAAUCUGAGGACAAUCCUGAGCGUAUAAUUGAUAUUUGCCGAGCUGCUACUCUCACUCCAGAAUCACAUCUCGAUCGCAUCGCUUUCUCUGUUGCUAUUUCCAAGCUUUCAGAGUCCAAGCAUUUCGAUGGGAUUCGCCGGUUCCUCGAGGAAUUGAAAUCUCGUCCCGACUUGAAAAACGAGCGUUUCGCUUGCCAUGCUAUUGUUCUCUAUGGCCAGGCCAAUAUGCUUGAUCAUGCUAUCAGCACUUUCAAGCAAAUUGGCGAACUGGGCGUGUGUCACUCGGUUAAAUCGCUUAACGCAUUGCUAUUUGCAUGCAAUUUAGCUAAGGAUUACAAGGAACUGAAGCGAGUUUUUAUGGAGUUUCCUAAGAUUUAUGGAAUCGAACCAGAUCUGGAUACGUAUAACAGAGUGAUCAAGGCGUUUUCAGAGUCGGGUUCGUCUAGUGCAGUGUAUUCGAUUCUGGCGGAGAUGGACAGGAAGGAUAUCAAACCAAAUGCAACCACUUUUGCGAACUGGCUUGCUGGAUGCUACAAGGAAGAGAAGUACGAGGAUGUUGAGAAGGUCAUAAAAUUGAUGGAAAAAUAUGGCGUUUGGCGUGGAGUUAGUACAUAUAAUGCAAGGAUACAGAGUCUGUGUAAAUUGAAGAGAUCAUCGGAGGCGAAGGCUUUGUUUGAUGGGAUGUUGUCGAGAGGUAUGAAACCAAACUCUGUUACAUAUUGUGAAUUGAUUCAUGGGUUUUGCAAGGAAGGAAAUCUCGAUGAAGCUAAGACCCUUUUCAAGAGAAUGAUCAAUAGCGGUUGCCAACCGGAUAGUGAUUGCUAUUUCACUUUGAUUUACUUUCUUUGUCGAGGAGGAGAUUAUGAAACAGCAUUCAAGCUCUGUGGGGAAAGCAUGGAGAAGGGUUGGUUUCCAAAUAUUACUACAAUGAAGUCUCUUGUUGAUGGGCUUGUUAGCAUUUCGAAGGUCGAUGAGGCAAAGCAACUCAUUGGGCAAAUCAAAGAGAGGUUCUCUAAGAAUGUUGAAACGUGGAAUGAAAUUGAAGCUGGAUUGCCUCAGUGAGGAAAUUCUGGGAUGCUCUGCAACCACCAGGGAAAUACAAGAGGAUGCGCCAUUUUCUUGGCUUGAGCUAAUCACCCUCUGCAUAUGUUUUACAUAGACGAGGAAUUCCAUUGUCAAGUUUAAUGUUCUAGCUUUUGCGCUGGUUGAAAUUUGUAAUGCUUUUGUUGAAUGAGUCCGCUCCUGUUAGGUUAGUACUUUAUGUAUUGAUGGAAACCCAGAUUGUUUUUAAGCAAUUUGUAUGUCAAUAAAGUGAGAAACUUGACAUUA